AUGUCAGACGAAAAGGAUGUCAACAAAGUUAGAGCCGGUGUUCAACAAAUUCUACAGUAUAUACAAUCGUUUUUGGAAAAAUUAAAAUUACAAAAACGAGAACAAUUCACGUUAGGAUUGUUAAAUGAGAGAAAGAAUUCAACCACCAGUGAAAGUCUUCUAAUCAAUUGUCUCACGAAAGUUAACACAUUUGAUGAUUAUGAAAAUGCACUGUUAGAACUAACUCAUCUGGUUGAGAUGCCAUUGAACAGUUUUAUACCAUUUCUUAGCAAUCCUUUUAUUCAACUUCUCAAAGAAUUUUCUUUUGCUAUUGUUGAAUAUUUAAUUAAAUACUCAACAAUAGCAAAAGAUCCAAUCUUAGCAGCUGAAUAUAACAAUGUUGUAAAGAACGGGCCCGGUCUAUCCUUAAAUAUAGGAUAA